AUGAUGUCCAUGAACAGCAAGCAGCCUCACUUUGCCAUGCAUCCCACCCUCCCUGAGCACAAGUACCCGUCGCUGCACUCCAGCUCCGAGGCCAUCCGGCGGGCCUGCCUGCCCACGCCGCCGCUGCAGAGCAACCUCUUCGCCAGCCUAGACGAAACGCUGCUGGCGCGGGCCGAGGCGCUGGCGGCGGUGGACAUCGCCGUGUCCCAGGGCAAGAGCCACCCGUUCAAGCCGGACGCCACGUACCACACGAUGAACAGCGUGCCAUGCACGUCCACGUCCACCGUGCCGCUGGCGCAUCACCACCACCACCACCAUCACCACCAGGCGCUCGAGCCCGGUGACCUGCUGGACCACAUCUCGUCGCCCUCGCUCGCGCUCAUGGCCGGCGCGGGCGGCGCGGGCGCGGCGGGUGGCGGCGGCGGCGCCCACGACGGCCCGGGGGGCGGAGGCGGCCCGGGGGGUGGCGGCGGCCCAGGCGGUGGCGGCCCCGGGGGCGGCGGCGGCCCGGGCGGCGGCGGCCCGGGGGGCGGCGGCGGGGGCCCGGGCGGCGGGCUGCUGGGCGGCUCGGCUCAUCCGCAUCCGCACAUGCACGGCCUGGGCCACCUGUCGCACCCGGCGGCGGCGGCCGCCAUGAACAUGCCGUCGGGUCUGCCGCACCCCGGGCUGGUGGCGGCGGCGGCGCAUCACGGCGCGGCGGCGGCGGCGGCGGCGGCGGCGGCGGCCGGGCAGGUGGCGGCGGCGUCGGCGGCGGCGGCUGUGGUGGGCGCGGCGGGCCUGGCGUCCAUCUGCGACUCGGACACGGACCCGCGCGAGCUCGAGGCGUUCGCCGAGCGCUUCAAGCAGCGGCGCAUCAAGCUGGGUGUGACGCAGGCCGACGUGGGCUCGGCGCUGGCCAACCUCAAGAUCCCGGGCGUGGGCUCGCUCAGCCAGAGCACCAUCUGCAGGUUCGAGUCGCUCACGCUCUCGCACAACAACAUGAUCGCACUCAAGCCCAUCCUGCAGGCGUGGCUGGAGGAAGCCGAGGGCGCGCAGCGCGAGAAAAUGAACAAGCCCGAGCUCUUCAACGGUGGCGAGAAGAAGCGCAAGCGGACUUCCAUCGCCGCGCCCGAGAAGCGCUCGCUUGAGGCCUACUUCGCCGUACAGCCCCGGCCCUCGUCCGAGAAGAUCGCCGCCAUCGCCGAGAAACUGGACCUCAAAAAGAACGUGGUGCGGGUGUGGUUUUGCAACCAGAGACAGAAGCAGAAGCGGAUGAAAUUCUCCGCCACUUACUGA